AGAAAGGAGUGUUCCUCCCGCCGCGUCCAGCUGGUGUCACCGUGGGCUCGCAGCGAGCUCGGCCUUCCCCAAAACUCACCGGUGAAGAUGAGGAUUUCGUACAGGGAGUUUAAGUUUGCUGGCACGGUUCGACAUCUGUUGGUUCUCUCUCACAGGCUCUUUAGGAGUAGACACAGCGGUUAUGGGCUGCGAACUGCAGAGGCAGAGUCAGCUUCUAGCAACGUGCAGUAUUUCUGUGGGAAGACUUGGCGUGCAGCUGAGGAAGCCGCGCUGCGUAGGGCUGGUGGUUCUGCUGCGCUGAGGCUGGCUGUGCACGAGGGAGGCACCUGGGUUCGCAGGGUCAUUAACUUGGGGGCGAGGAGGAAGUACAGCGGUCCAAGGAAAAAAGAUUGUUUACAAGGAGGAGAGAAGAAGGUUGGGAGUCUGGCAAGCGUCGCAGGUGUAGAGUGGUGGCAAUUGCAGCAAGGCUCGCAUGGUGAACAGCUCUUCUUCAUUCCCGCCUGUGUAUUAGACAUGUAUACUUGCCCAGUGAUGCCUUACAUGAUAAUUGGAGUACGAUUGAUUUUGGCCUGGGAGUGGUAUGCCAGCCGUGAGCUGUCAGUGACACCUUUCUGUACUGCUGGUUUGGAAAUAUCUGUAAAGGAGAGGCAUGCAAGAUCAAGAAACUAUGUUUCAGAAUCUGAAGUGUGCAAACUGGAAUCUGUACCCUUGGAUUUUGGUGAUUACCAUCCACUAAAACCCAUUACAGUUACUGAAUCCAAGACCAAGAAAAUGAACCGAAAAGGAAGUACUUCUUCUACCUCCUCCUCCUCUUCUAGUUCUGUGAUGGAUCCAUUGAGCAGUGUAUUGGAUGGUACCGAUCCCUUGUCAUUAUUUGCAGCAGCUGCAGAUCCUGUGACUACUACUGCUACCAUGAAACGGGAUAAAGAUGACAGCUCAGCAGUAGGAAGUGACUUUGAACCAUGGUCAAGCAAACGUGGUGAAAUCCUUGCUAGAUACACGACAACAGAGAAGCUCUCUAUUAAUCUGUACAUGGGAUCUGAGAAAGGAAAAGCUACAACUACUGGCUCAGCAGUGUCUGAAAAAGUGAGGACAAGGUUAGAAGAACUGGAUGAUCUGGAAGAGGGGUCACAGAAAGAGCUGUUGAAUUUGACUCAGCAGGAUUACAUGAACAGAAUUGAAGAACUGAACCAGUCUUUGAAGGACGCUUGGUCCUCUGAUCAGAAAGUAAAAGCUCUGAAAAUAGUCAUCCAGUGUUCUAAGCUUCUUUCAGAUACAACAGUAAUCCAGUUUUAUCCAAGCAAAUUUGUUUUAAUUACAGACAUCCUUGACACUUUUGGCAAACUAGUGUAUGAAAGAAUUCUGUCAAUGUGCAUGGACAAUCGUGUCUCUUUGCCAGGUAACUUUGUGUUUGUUUUUACUGUUCUCCUGGAAAAAAAUCGUGUCUGA